UAGUGUUCGUCGGAAAGUUGUGCGCUAAAUUUAGAGUGAAUGUGUCGGGAGGUAUUGAUCGUGGCUUUGAACCAGUGUACCAAGCCAAGGGAGCAGUGGGAGUAGGUACAUAGUGAAGCAGCGAUAAGGGGGCGACUGGUUAUCAUCAGGAGUGUGCCUGGCUAUUUCAAUUAGGUGCCUUCUGUUAAUUUUCGACAUUUUAUUUAUAUAGUAUAUUUGUAGUAUCACGAGCCGAGCGUGUGUCCGAUUGGUGAUCGCCGCACCCGAAUCCCCACCCCUUACCGCCUCUCAUAAAACUAUCUGCUUGUGGGUAAAAGCCGUUCAGUUCGACUGCGGCGUACUGGUAUCUGUUUCGUAUCGGUUGUUCAGUUCUUCAGUGGUAAACUUGAAGUUUUUAUACCAACAAAAAAUCUAAAACACUGAGGAUUUUCUCUACAUCCAAUCGAUCAAGAUGAGCAGUUACACAGAGAACAUCACCACCAGCAUGGAGAACAGCAGGAAUUGUUUGAAGCGCAUCGCCAGGAACGACGACACCGAGUUCUCGAACCAAAGUAUCCUCAACGCCAUGGAGAAAUUUGUGAAGAGCGUCAAUACUAUGGACGAAACCAUACUCGUACCAUGUCGUCUGAUGGACCUGAAAGUUGGUGAUGAGCAGGAUCCGACCACUGGGCCCAAGCAGAAGACUAAUAUCAGCAGCAUCCUUAAUUCUGCUGAUCUAUUUGAUAUGUACAACAUGCUGAAUACCGUCAAAGCUGAUUUGCUUUGGGGACAAGGGCAAUGCCCUGAGGAAGAGGAGAAGGUUGUGAAGGAAGUCGCUCCACAGACGACACUUGCAGCGCCGAAGGGUCACAUCAGAAGGCCAUCCACUGUGAGUGUCUCCUCGACCAACUCCUCGACAUCGAGCAUCAGCGAUUCCGACAGCGAGAUCGGCAAUGAGAACGACUCCGGUAUCGAAGAACCCCCUCAGGUCAGCGACAGAACUCAGGUUGUUGCUCAGAAUUUCCGGAGGCAUCUCCACGGACUGACCAAAUCUCUGAGGCAACUCACCGAUGCCGCACAAUAUCUCACCACCCGCUACCAACACGACAUAGGCAGUUCAAUUUGAUGAGUCAAUAUUUCAUGAAAAUCUGUGAUGUGUGAUCGUUAAUAUUAUAUUUUUUUAUUUUAUUUUUUUUUGCGAGUGAAUGUGUAUAGAUAAUUAUAUAUAAAAGAAAUAUUGUUAGGCAUUAUUUAAUUUUCUGUUCUCGUCACUACUCUGGUGACCAGUGACUAUUCUUAUACCUGGAGGUGUAAGUCUAAUUCUAUAGGCAAUAUCCCAAAAAUCUUCAAUUCUCGAUGAUUUGCUCACUUCUAAGUUCUCUACUUAUUUGUUGUUUUUUUUUUCUUCAUUUAUUUAUUUUAUUUUUUAUAUAAACGAACAUAAGUAUAUAUUUUGUUUACUGAGUUAUGAUGAUAUUCGAAUGUUUUAGGGAUUAUAUUAAAGUUAAAUUAAAU